AUGCCAGUACCUCUGGACAGUGCAGGGGCAGAGUCCCAGCUGAGUCACACUCCUCUGCCGGUGCCUGCCUUCUUCCGUGAAGCGGAAUGCAGCUUUUCCGUCAAGAAGGCCCACCGGCCAUUCAGCUUCACCCUCCCUCCGCGGCCACGCCACAAGAGCACGCUGUCCGUGAGCCGGGUUUUUUCCGAGCACCGGCUUCAGCCAUGGACCCAGCCCCAUCCGCGCAGCGUGUCCUUUCAUGGCGCACAGAGGGAGCCGCCAUCUCUGCACAGUCGCCCCUAUGAUGCUUCCAAGAAAGAGCUGUUUUUCAGGCAGUGCUUUCAACAGCUGAGCCGUCUGGGGCGGGGAUCAUUCGGUGAAGUGUACAAGGUGCGCUGUAAGGAGGAUGGGCGGUUGUACGCAGUGAAGCGUUCUGUGGAGCCAUUCCGGGGCGAAGGUGACCGGCAGCGCAAAUUGGCUGAGGUGCGCAAGCAUGAGCGCGUGGGCCACCAUCCCAACUGUGUGAGCUUCGUGCAGGCCUGGGAGGAGCGUGGGCAGCUUUACAUCCAGACGGAGUUGUGCCCAGGCAGCCUGCUGCAGCACUGCGAACAGCACGGUCCGCUCCCCGAAUGGCAAGUGCAGGCCUUCCUCUGGGACCUGCUGCAGGGACUGCGACACUUACACAGUCGCAACCUUUUACACAUGGACGUCAAGCCAGCUAAUAUUUUCCUCUCCUCUAACAACGUCUGUAAGCUUGGCGACUUUGGGCUGAUGCUGGAGCUGGACUCUGGGGAUCUGAACGAUGCCCAAGAAGGGGACCCUCGCUACAUGGCCCCUGAGCUGCUGCGAGGAGAGUACACCAAGGCUGCUGACGUCUUCAGCCUCGGCAUGACCAUUUUGGAGAUUGCCUGUAACAUGGAGCUCCCCAACGGAGGGGAAGCUUGGCAGCAGCUGCGACAGGGCUACCUGCCCCCUGAGUUCACAGCAGGUCUCUCUGGUGAGCUGCAGACUCUCCUCACAGCCAUGUUGGAGCCCAGCCAUCAGCUCCGGCCCUCGGUGGAGGCGCUGCUCAGUUCUCCCCUCAUGCAGAAGGCCGAGAGGCGGCGGAAGCUGACGCUGCUGGUGCAAUCCGGGAUCCAGCAAGGGGUUUCCAUAUGCCAGGCCCUCGUCAGGUUUGUGCAGUGGCUCUGGGGGACUGUGUGCAGCCCAGCUCACUGGCUACUGUUUUGGCAUCAGGAUGUUCCCGUCACACCUCCCCACUCGCCCUUCCCCUUCCCCCUGGAAGACAGCAGCCUCUCCAGCGACUGGGGCGAAGAGAGAGAUGAGGAUGAUGAGAGCCUUGGUGAGGAUGUCUUUGAGCUCACGGAGGCAUCUGGACGUCUCAACCAUACUUGUCCUGUGGAGCUGCGGCCUGCUGACAAGCUGCCGAGCUCCCCAGCGCUGAACAUAUGCCCCAGUGUGGGAAGCACCUCUACUCCGCGACACCCCUCACCACAGCAGACCGGUGAUGGAAAAAACAGGUCUCUGGCCCUCCAAGGGAGUCCCAAUCUCAGCCGCAUCAGCCAGGAGUCCCCCAGCGGCAGCCCCGCUUCAUCAGACUUGCUGCCUGUGAGCGGCCUGCGCCGCACCCUAGCUUUUGAUGACAAGGAAGAAGGUGGCAAGGAGCAGAGAGACCAGUGGGAAGCCGUGGUUUCCCAGUGCUCGAAUCAGUAUUCCGCUUUUGAGCCAAAAAACCUGCUCAGCAUGUUCGAGGACUCUGUGACGGCUGAGCAGAAGUGCCAUAGUUGA